CCAUUUCGCCGUACGAAUAUAUGCUUCGCUUUAGGUUGAAUCUCCAAACCUUGUCUCUCCCCUUCCAUUCACCCUCCGCCACCAUCAACGCUUCGCCGCUGGGAUGGGACGCGUAAUCCGUGCCCAGAGGAAGGGAGCCGGGUCGGUUUUCAAGUCCCACACCCACCAUCGUAAGGGGCCGGCCAGGUUCCGCAGCCUCGACUACGGGGAGCGCAACGGGUACCUCAAGGGCGUGGUGACGGAGGUCAUUCACGACCCCGGCCGCGGCGCACCACUUGCCCGUGUCACCUUCCGCCACCCCUUCCGCUUUAAGUUGCAGAAGGAGCUCUUCAUCGCCGCCGAGGGGAUGUACACUGGCCAGUUCGUUUACUGUGGUCGCAAGGCCACCCUCAUGGUCGGAAACGUACUCCCCCUCCGAUCCAUUCCUGAGGGUGCCGUUGUCUGCAACGUGGAGCACCACGUCGGCGAUCGUGGUGUCCUUGCCCGCGCUUCCGGCGACUACGCCAUCGUGAUUAGCCAUAACCCUGACAACGGUACAAGCAGGAUCAAGCUUCCCUCUGGUGCCAAAAAGAUUGUUCCAAGCAACUGCCGUGCGAUGAUAGGACAGGUUGCGGGUGGUGGGAGAACUGAGAAGCCUCUUCUCAAGGCAGGCAAUGCAUACCACAAGUUCAGGGUGAAGAGAAACUGCUGGCCAAAGGUCCGUGGUGUGGCAAUGAACCCUGUUGAGCAUCCUCACGGAGGAGGUAAUCACCAGCACAUUGGUCAUGCCUCUACUGUCCGCAGGGAUGCUCCUCCUGGGCAGAAGGUUGGUCUCAUUGCUGCAAGGAGAACAGGCCGUCUCAGGGGACAGGCUGCUGCCACUGCCUCGAAGGCAGACUAGGCCGCGUAGAUUGCCUGCAGGCAUUUUAAAUUUCUCGAAUGAAAUUUCAUUUCACAAAACAGAUUUUGAUGGUUUACUAGUUUUUGGUUGGACUAGAUUGCACCUUGAUGCACAUCUUGAUUUAUUUUCUGCCAUUUGUUUUGUGCUUCAUGCUUUAGUUUUUUUGCUGCUCAUCCGUUGGCUUGGUUUUAUAAACAUUUUGAUUAAUUUAUAUUAAGCAUCAAACGACUGAAGCUGGACUGAUGCCUUGCUUUGA